AUGGGAGCUGGUGGCAAGAUUGACGUAUGGCUUGACUGCAACUCACCCUGGUCCUACCUGGCACUUCAAAAGCUCCGAAAAGAGAGACCAGCUCUGCAACAGCACAAAGUCGACAUCGAAGUCCACCCCGUCUUUCUCGGGGGUGUCAAUGUUGGCAGUGGGAAUAAACCACCCUGGACUCUUCCCGCAAAGGCCGCAUUGGGAAACUAUGAAAUGCCACGUGGAUUGAAAUACUUCAACAGUCCAAAAAUCUCGGCGCCUCCAUUCUUUCCCAUCAUGUCUCUUCUCCCCAUGCGAUGCAUGUUGUACACAAAGGACCACUACCCUUACAACCAAUACGAAGAUGCUUUCCUGGAGCUUUGGGUAUUCCUAUGGCAGGAACACAAAGAUAUCUCCAAACCGGAUGUCUUGGCUGAAUGUCUCGCUAGACAUUUCGAGGCUUCGGAUGUGCAAAAAAUUGUCAAGGCGGGCACUGAUCCGGUCUAUAAGCAGAAGUUGAAUGAUGAGACUGCUAUGGUURUGAAGAAGGGUGGGUUUGGUGCUCCGUGGUGGUUUGUGACGAAUAAGGAGGGUGUUGAGGAGCCUUUCUUUGGGUCGGAUCGAUUUCAUUUCAUUUAUCAGUUCUUGGGAGUGCCGUUUAGAGAUAUUGAGAUUUUGCCUCCGGGUGGAUCGAAGCUAUAG